UCCCCACAGCCGCAAUCUCCAGUUGGCUGCAGCUCUGCUUCUAUGCAUUCCUGGCCCAGAGGGUGACCCUGUUACACAAACUAGAACACCGUAAGUCCUUCUUGUAGUGCAUGAAAUGGCCAACGUUACACAGAUAUCCAAAGAUGAACUAGAAGAACUCCGAGAGGCCUUUGCCAAAGUGGACCUCAACAGCAAUGGGUUUAUUUGCGACUAUGAACUGCACGAGCUCUUCAAAGAAGCCAACCUGCCUCUUCCUGGCUACAAAGUGAGGGAGAUCAUUCAGAAACUCAUGAUCGAUGGUGACAAAAACAAAGAUGGAAGGAUCAGCUUUGAAGAAUUUGUUUACAUCUUUCAAGAGGUGAAGAGCAGUGACAUUGCUAAAACGUUCAGAAAAGCGAUCAACCGGAAAGAAGGCAUUUGCGCUAUUGGUGGGACAUCCGAGCUGUCUAGUGAAGGCACCCAGCACUCUUACUCAGAGGAAGAAAAAUACGCCUUUGUGAACUGGAUAAACAAAGCCUUAGAAAACGACCCAGAUUGCAGGCAUGUCAUUCCAAUGAACCCAAACACAGAUGAUCUCUUCAAAGCUGUUGGGGAUGGGAUUGUUCUGUGUAAAAUGAUCAACCUUUCCGUUCCUGACACAAUUGAUGAAAGAGCAAUCAACAAGAAGAAGCUGACACCAUUCAUAAUUCAGGAGAAUUUGAAUUUGGCUCUGAACUCAGCCUCUGCCAUUGGGUGCCACGUGGUCAACAUUGGAGCUGAGGAUCUGCGGGAAGGGAAGCCACACCUGGUCCUGGGACUCCUCUGGCAGAUUAUCAAGAUCGGCUUGUUUGCAGACAUAGAGCUCAGCCGAAAUGAAGCUCUGGCUGCAUUGCUUCGAGAGGGGGAAACCUUAGAGGACCUGAUGAAAUUGUCCCCAGAAGAGCUGCUCCUGAGAUGGGCGAACUUCCACUUGGAAAAUGCCGGGUGGCACAAGAUCAAUAACUUCAGCUCGGAGAUCAAGCUUACUGACUUCAAUAACUCUGUUAAGGACUCCAGGGCAUAUUUCCAUCUCCUCAACCAAAUUGCACCCAAAGGGCAGAAAGAAGGAGAGCCACAGAUUGAUAUUAACAUGUCUGGCUUUAAUGAGAAAGAUGACUUGAAGAGGGCCGAGUGCAUGUUGCAGCAGGCAGACAGGCUGGGCUGCCGGCAGUUUGUUACUCCAGCGGACGUUGUCAGUGGUAACCCUAAGCUGAACCUGGCCUUCGUUGCAAACUUGUUUAACAAGUACCCAGCGCUCACCAAGCCUGAGAACCAGGACAUUGACUGGACCCUGCUGGAAGGUGAGACCCGAGAAGAGAGAACAUUCCGCAACUGGAUGAAUUCCCAGGGCGUCAGCCCACACGUCAACCACCUCUACGCAGACCUGCAGGAUGCCCUGGUGAUUUUACAGCUCUACGAAAAGAUCAAAGUUCCCGUAGACUGGAAUAAAGUCAACAAGCCCCCCUAUCCAAAACUUGGUGCAAACAUGAAAAAGCUAGAAAAUUGCAAUUAUGCCGUAGACUUGGGGAAGCAUCCUGCGAAAUUCUCCCUGGUUGGCAUUGGCGGGCAGGAUCUCAAUGAUGGGAACCAGACCCUCACGCUGGCUUUAGUGUGGCAGCUGAUGAGAAGGUAUACCCUGAAUGUCCUUGAAGAUCUUGGGGAUGGUCAGAAAGCCAAUGAUGACAUCAUCGUUAGCUGGGUGAACAGGACCUUGAGAGAAGCAGAGAAGUCGAGUUCCAUUCAGAGCUUUAAGGACAAGUCGAUCAGCAGCAGCUUGGCAGUUGUGGAUUUAAUCGAUGCUAUCCAGCCCGGUUGUAUAAAUUAUGACCUUGUAAAGACGGGAGAUCUAUCGGAGGAAGACAAACACAGUAACGCCAAGUACGCUGUGUCAAUGGCUAGAAGAAUUGGCGCCAGAGUCUACGCUCUGCCCGAAGACCUCGUAGAGGUGAAGCCCAAGAUGGUGAUGACGGUGUUUGCCUGCUUGAUGGGCCGAGGAAUGAAGAGAGUUUAAAACCGAGCUCCACACCAAAGCGCCCAAGCCUCCCCACUCCUUAGCUCGUGUCUUGCAAGAUCAGCUGUUUUCAGCCCGAAAUGCUGUCAGCCCUAAAGAACUGUACAAGUGGUUGUUUAUUUUAUUUUUGGUUUGUUUUUAAGAAAAGGACACCGCAUUUUGCUUUGCGAGGCAGGAAUGCAAUGGGAAUUCCUGGGG